AUGUAUGGACUGUAUUGCCUAUUUUUAGCCAUGGUCAUUUCCUUUGUUAUGUAUACAAAUUUCUCCAUGUAUCAUGUAAGAAUGAAAAACACUUCAAAACUACACCAUGGACUGUUUGCAGGUGCUGCCAGUCAAAGCCGUUCCUGGUGGGUUUUCUGUGCUCUGGCCUUGGCCUUUCCAUUCCCUCCUGUCAUGUCUUCGUCUUUCACAGUAGCACUCACAGUCUGCACUCUCAGGGUGCUGAUGUUCCAAGGCCUGCUUUUAUUCAACAUUUCUACUGAAAUUGAAAAAGAAAGUGACAGAUGA